GCUGUAAAUCGCUUAAACAGGAUAUCUGUAUCAGGCUGUCGUAGAUAAAAUUCGAAGUCAACGAAGGCCAUCGAACAACCUGCAAUCACAAGUAUUAACUAAAAGUUGAAUGAGGAAAGGUAUAGUGUUGUAUUCAGCAUUUCAGUGUAAUACUCAUGUUUAUAUUUCUAGCAUGCGCGGCCGUGAUUUAUCAAAUGGUGGAAACUGAAAAGCAAGGAUGCUAUAGUGAGAUUAGACUUGGAUCAAGUCCGUCGCUCUAGAGUCCGAGUCGCGAAGCGACGAGAUCGAGCGCGCCGCGAAGCGGCGCGCGAGGUGCACCUCGCGCUCUCCCUCGGAUUCUAGAGAGACGGACUUGAUCCAAGUCUAUAGUGAGAUUACUGACUGGUAAAUUGAGAGAAAGUUUAAUGCAAAUUGGCGAAUUGAAUUCCUUUGAUUUUUUCAUGAAUUAGUUUUACAGUGUUAUAAUAUUAUUGAGGCUUAAUACACAAAUUUGGUUAACGUUAACUCACAUCACCUAGUUAAUUACAGUGUAACUGUUCUUGUUUACAGAAGCCAUACUAUAGCCCACCAAGCAUUAGAGUCAUGUAUAAGCAUUAGAGUCAUUUAAUAGAGUCAUGUCAUGUUAUUCACUUGUUCUAUCGAUGAUUUUGUAUGCUAGAACAUUGAUAAUUGAAUUGAUGUCAAUUGGAUAUAAACGAACGUUUGUCUAUUGGUAUAGCUUUUGAGCAACAUUCUUACUUCGCCAGCACGAAAGGGUUUAGUUUGUUGCGGAGGGUGUCAAAUUCAGCACUGUGUGAGGCAAUCCGAGAUCAACGGACCUCGGUAAAUCGAUCUUCGAUAAAGCGAUUUCUAUAUUUGAUCCAGAAUAAAAACAAAUAUCGCAAAAUCCUAUCAUUUAAAUAUCGCCAUUAAAGUAUGCUAACUUAAAGACUAAUACAUAAAACACAAUAAUUUAAAUCAACUCUUCUGUGGCUUCCCUCGUUUACAUCCAUGCAGAUUAGCUGAAAUAUAUAGCACGCGGGGGUGAAUAAACGCGCGCAGCAAAUUAAAUAAACGUGGCAAACGUUUUUAUAGUUCUCAGCCCUUAAGGUCAUGCAGACACACUGAACGCGCUUUGAGUGUGAGUGAGCCUUUAGAAUACAGGCCGGCGUUAGUCUUAGAUGUAAAUUUCAAGUUAAUAUUAAAUGGCCAUACAUAUUAAAUCUGUCCUAUCAGCGUAGCAGUGUGCCUAUAUGUUCUACCAGGAUUAUAGCAAUUUCCAUAGUGCGUUAGGAUAUUUUGAUAAAUACUGUAGUCUAACCGCUUUGGAGUAACAGGGAAAAUUUGACUUAUCUUGUAUGACAUGCAUAUGCGUUGGAAAGCAUGUUUAUAAAAUGAAAAGUAUUAACUAGCACUAAGUUAACUAUAAUAUUACACUAAGCUAACUAUUUUCAUUAUAAUCCAUUAUUUAGAUUUCAAAAAUAGCAAAUUUUGCAUUUACGGGUUUCCUGUUCUUCAUACUCGCAUGUUUAAGGUAAGACAUGACGUGCAUUUAUUCGCUAAAAUGCGCUCUACAUAGUGCAUGUUGGGACGUUUAGCCAAGUAAUCAAAAUUUAGCUCACCCAUGACCCAUGCAGAGUUCUCCUGGUCUCUUCCUUGAGACAACAACGGAUCGAACUUGGAGAGGACGGAUAAAAGAUUUUUUUAAUUUUUUUAUUAACUUUACAAUCAAAUGACCGAUGGUAAGGACAACAGGACGUGAGUCCCUAAUUAAGUCCCACCAAAAACGUACAUUACAUAAUUACUUAUAGGUAUUACAAGAAUACAUAUUAUAUUUAAGAAAUAUAAAACAUUUUCCGUGUUGAUAUACAGUUAUAUCAACUCGAAAUUGUGUGAAAACACUCCGCCCGUCGUGUUUCCACACAAUUUCUCGUUUUCCCAACUUCCACGAGUGUUGAUAUGACUAUAUAUCAAUACGGAAAAAAUGUUUUAUAUUUGUUUUAUAAUAUAGCAAUGUCAAAAGCCCGAAGAAUUAGAACAAUUUCCGUGUUACAAGCGGUGGAAAAUUUCCCGUGUUGACAUGGAGUUAUAUCAACACGGCUCUUAGCCAAUCAGCGUUCAGAAUUUACAAAUGCUAUAUUAUAAACAUAAACAUUAGGACAUAUACAACAAUUAUAAUUACAUCUAUGAACAACAGAUUGUAUGUAAAGAACGACAUUUACUGCAUACAGUUUUCCAUGUUCUAGGACGGUCUACAUCAAAAGUACUGUUCAGCUUUCUAGUGUAAUAUAUAUAUAGUUUAGAUUUAAGUAUGGCGACUGACGGAUUACGAAGAUGAUUUGAUAUCAGACGGUAAAUUGUGUACAAUUCUGUUAAAGUAUGAGUUUCGGAAGAGGGAGCCUCAGGGAGGUUUUGCACAGGUUUGGACGAAGAUCACCAGUGAACUGGAACGAGUGGAGUGGUGAAGAGGUUGGGUUAUAUACUGAUUGAUGUCAAUUUCGUACAUCCCGUAUUUACAUUUGUAGAGGAAUAUGAUGUCUAAACAUGGCCCGCGGUCAGGCGCCGCCGCAAAUUUUUUUCCGUAGACAGUCGGACUCCUCAUUGAUAGUCGGACGCAUCAUUGACGCGUCCUGGCCUCCGCGCGUUAUCGAUCGAUCCCUUCGUACCCUGCGUAACCCACUGGUACACCAUAUAUCCAUCACACAUGCACACGUCGGUUCUUCUUCGACCACGUGUAGAAAGAUGAACGAUUAGCUUCGCGAUGCCAUAGCAAAGCUGCAAACUUGUUUUUCUGGUUCCGAAAAUACUUAAGGACUGUUAUUGCGAGUUAUAAAACUAUAUAUCAUCCCAACUGAAGAGAAUCAGGAUAAGAUAACUAGCGUACAAGUAAAUACUGGAAGAUUCAAAGCGACCAUCAAGACCACUUUCCACAAAUAGAAGUAUUGCAGAAUACCCGUCCACUAGUAAUAUCAUAUCAUGUAGCCCGGCCACUAUUUCACAGCAUACGUAUAUAUACCAGAUCUUAUUGCCUCGUUCUAAUAUACACAAACUAAUUACUAAUUAUAAGACAAUAUUACGAAUUCAGUGAUACUAUAAAGGAAAUAUCAUGCAAGACUGUUAAUGUUUAAUAUUAUGCUUAGUAUGCUUUAUAAUAUAAAACUUUUAAUUUUCUCCCAGCGACGCUAAUUAAUCCGGCAUAAUCUGUCAAACACCAAUGUCCGGUUGGCGGUUGUGACUUGUGAGGAACAUAUUUACAUAUUACACCGCAUUAUUUAUUUCUUUAUUGCUGAUUCGCCCAAGAUAUUGAAAUUGCACAUAAAAGAAAUAAACUAUUUACAAGAAAUGGGCUAGGAGCCUACCAGAAACCAUAUGGCUUUUGUUUUAGGCCCCUAGGUUAUAAAUUUAAACUAAUUAACAAAAUAAUAUGCAGCAUCAGUUCGAGUGCUUUUAGGAGAAAGGAAAAAGAAUAGUUAAAUAUUAUAUGAUAUGAUAGUAAGUUAUAUUUACAAUUCAAUUUUUGAUUUAGAGUUUUCCUAUACACUUACAGGAAUAUGUUAUUCUAUUAAAUUUAGAUCUGAGAAGUACUUUUUCAUUAUUGUCUUGAAGGAGUCGUAAGACUUAGCAGGUUCUUUAUAUUGAGUGGGAAGAUUAUUCCACAUUUCUAUACCUUUAUUAGAGAGAGUGUGUUUUGUGUAAUUGGUUCUAUUGCUCUUUUUGUGUAGCAAUGACGAAUUUCUAGUGUUAUGAUUAUGAAUUUCCUUAUUGGUUAAAAAAUAGUUUGUGAAUAAUUCUGGUAAAUUGUUCUGAUGGAAAUAUCGGAACAUAAACAUAUUGUUAAAGUGCCUAUAUCACUUGUGGGACCUUUACGGAUUUGAAAAGAGGGUAAAAAGUUAGUUAAUAAGUUUAAAAGCUUUCUUGAUUUAGUGCAAUAAUUUCGAAGAUAUAGGCCUCUGAACUACAUACAAUUCCUGCGUCCCAGGCUCCUAUCAACAAUGGACAUUUUCGACCCGGUUUAGACCCCAGGAGGUUGGGACUCAGGAACAGUUCGUUGUUUGAGGGCCUAUAUCCUCAAAAACUAUUUCACUAAAUCAAGAAAGGCUUUAGAACUUAUUGACGAACUUUUUAAUUUCUUUCUAAAUCCAUAAAAGUCCCACAAGUGAUAUAGGCACUUUAAAUAAUAAUAUAUUUUGUAUAAACUGAGAAUUUUUAGGUGAUGAAAGAUUGGCUCAGAAUGUUCAAAAUAAGAUUUAAAAGUCAUUAAUCGGACAAUCUUUUUUUGAAUAUUAACUAACUUUUGAAUACGAAAUUUGUAGGUGUUACCCCAGAUCAAAUUCCCAUAAGCUAAAUAUGGGUAGACCAAUGCAUAAUAUAUUAACUUUAAGGAGUUUAAGUUUGUAAAAUGUCGAAUUUUGGAAAUAAUUGCUGUACAUUUGAUAAUUUUUUUGUAAUCAAACUUAAGUGUUCACACCAUGUUAAGCAUUCAUCAAUAACGAUUCCUAAAAAUGUUGUGUUUUUGACUUGUUUUAUCGAUUCAUUGUUGAUUGAAAUUUUUAUAUCAUCUUUAAGUUUCUUAUUUUUUUAUCUAAAAAGGAUAAAUUUCGUUUUCUGUGUGUUAAUGGAUAGUUUAUUAGCAUUCAACCAGUCAGUAAUUUUAUUCAUUUCGAUUUGAAUAAUUUCUUUCGACUGUUUAAGACAUGUAUGACUAAAAAGAAUGUUUUUGUCAUCCGAAAAUAAUGCAAUUGAAAUAAGUUGAUUGCAAAAUUGAAUAUCAUUUAUAUAUAGCAGAAACAAUAAUGGACCCAACACUGAUCCCUGUGGGACACCGCUUCUAAUAGUCAUUACCUCCGAUUGUACAUCAUUAUAUUUAACAAUUUGUUUUCUAACCAUUUCUUCAAACCAUUUUUUGGCCACUCCCCUUAUGCCAUAAUGCUCCAGUUUUUUAAUCAGGCCCGGUCUAAGGCCAGGUCUAAACGCCGCAUUUUACAUGCGCCGAAUCAAAUUAUUGAAUUACAUGCAUGUAAAAUGCGACGUUUAAAUCAAUUAAAUUCGACAGGUUUGAAUUAAGUGCGACUUCAGUCGAAUAUUCGACUGACUCAGUCGAAUAUUCGACUUAAAGUCGAUUGUUGAUUUAAACGCCGCAUUUUACAUGAGUCGAAUCUAAUGCAUAAAUUAUGUUAAAAUAUUAUUACCCAUUACUCUGCGGUUUCAUGCAAUAUGACAUGCGCAGAUAGGCGUAUAUACAGCUAGAGCAAGCAUGGCCGAAAUGGAUGACUGUUUUUCUUGUUCAAUCGAGACGAAAUACAAAUACACUUGUUUAACAACUCUUUCUCGACAUAUAUCGCAAUUACAGUAUUAUCGGAUUCAAUUGGUUCUAUAAUGUAACUGAUAUCUCAGCGAGUAUUUAACAGUAAACGAAAACCACCAUUGAAAUUCUCACAAAAUACCCGUUUAAACAGGCAGUCAAAUGCCGUUAAAACAUUACAUAAACUCCAAAACAAUCAUACAUUUACUCACCCUUGCAUGGCCAAACAUUCUGAAUUUCAUUUUGGCGAAAAAAACUAGACUCUUCUAAACUUUUCGUUAUUCUCUCAAAGGCCAUGGAAGUAAAAUGUAUUCAAGCGCUCUCAUGUAGAAAGUUUCGUUUGAAUAUACGGCGAGAAGAAAUAUUUAUUUGGAAUUUUUCAAAAUAUCGGGUUUUACUCGCACGCGCGUACCACGCACUAUGCCGGCUUACAAACUAAGGAGCACCAUGCAUCUUCUGCCUUCUCCUUGCCAAGAGGUUAUUUACUGCCAUAUCCAUUAAAAGUCGUCGUUUUCUGUUGGCAUGAAUGAUGUUUGAUAGGCAUAAACACAAAGUUUUUUCUCUUACAACUUUGGAUUUGGCGCCAUUUGACGGGCUUUGCAAAGUUUCGACGUCUGAAUUAAAAUUUGAAAAAUGUCAAUUCAAGUCGACUCGAAUAUGUAUUUGAUUCGACGCAUGUAAAAUGCGGCGUUUAGACUUGGCCUCAGAAUCCUGUGAUUAAUUGUAUCAACUGCCUUUGACAAAUCAAGGAAAAUACCAACAGAGUAUUUUCCUUUGUCAAUUGCUUUGGUAAUUUUGUAUAAAAAUGCAAUUAUUGCAUGUUCUGUGGAUCUAUUUUUCUGAAUCCAUACUGAUGUCUUGAUAAUAUUUUGUUUUUAUCAAUGAAUUUUGAUAGUCUGUUGAUCAUAAGUCUUUCCAGUAAUUUAGAAAAGCAAACAAGAACCGAUAUUGGUCGGUAAUUUUCAAACUUCAUUGCAUCAUUACCCUUAAAACUUGGUGUAAUCAUUGCAACUUUUAAAUUAUCUGGAAUAAUUCCAGUCGAAAAUGUUAUGUUAAAAAUAUGUGUUAAUAGCUUAGAGAUUUCUUUAACUGACAAUUUGGCAAUGUUUGUAUGAAUACCAUCGUAUGCACAACGUUUUUUUGACUUCAUACUUUUCAGUUCUAUUUCAAGUUCAUUUUCUGCAAUAGGAUUAAGAAAGUAACUGGAUUGAUAAUUACCUUUGAGAUAUUUCUCAAAACAAUUAUUAUUAUUACGUAGCCUACGUUUGAUCUUAUUUGCCAAAUUAGGACAAUAUUAAUGAAAUAGUUAUUGAAAUUGUCAGCUAUGAUUUUGGGGUCAUCUAUUAUAUUUGAUGAGCAGUUUUCAACAAAGGUUUUUGAUAUUUUAGUAUUUUUCUUUGGUUUAUUAAGUAAUUCAUUUAGUGUUUUCCACAUCAUUAUAGAAUUUUGCUUAUAUUUUAUUACCUGGUCCUCAUAAUAUUUUUUCUUUGCCAUUUUUAUGAUAUGGUUUAGUUUAUUUUUAUAAUUUUUGUAUAAUUUUUCAUUUUUGCUAUUUCGAUUCAUAAGGAAGGUUUUGUAAAGUUGAAGCUGUCUAUAGCCUGAGAAUUUAAUCUAUUAAUGCUAACUAACUGUCGCCUUAAUUUCAAAAUAACUACUUGACUGGGUAUCCACGUAUCCACUACAAUAUAGAGCUACCUAUAGCAUGAUAAUUUGAUCUAAUGCUUACCUAACUGGUUUCAUAUUAUUCUCAAAAUAACUACUUGACUGCGUAUCCGCAUAUAUGACAUGUAUACUAUGUAGUAUUUAAAACACGAGAAGGAGUGUUUUAUCAUAUUUAUAAAAUGCGAGGUGCAGCCGAGCGUUUUAGAUAUGAUAAAACGCGAGUUCGAGUGUUUUAAAUAGCUUAAAAUACGACUACAAAAGAAUACUAAUUAGGAUGAACAAUUAUAUAAUCAUACUAAUAACGAAUACUAAUGAAGAUGAGUUUUAUCAGAUAUAAAGUCACUUCACGUGACAUGUUAUGGUUGAUAUGAUUUGCCACAAGGUUUAUGAAUUUUUAAUGAGUAUUUUAAGACAAUUUAAUCUAUUAAUGCACUGUAAGUCACUGUAUGCCUCGUAGCUACCUUUACCACCAUGAUAUUUUAAUCUAUCAAUCUAUUUAUUAUUAUUUAUUAAUCUAUUAAGAAUUCAAUAAAUAUAGAUGUUACUGAAUAUACAUCGUAUGCAGGCAUGAUGUUUGAAAGGAAUAUUAAUAAAAUAUGUCAGAUGUCAUCACCACACAAGAUAUGAAGCCACAAUGUGUAAUAAGAAGAGUAUCCGCUGAAGGUUUUGUUUAAGGGCGCGGGUCAAUGAUGCGUCCGACUAUCAAUGAGGAGUCCGACUGUCUACGGAAAAAAAAUAUAGUCUGAUGCUAUACCAGAAAUACAUGCAUGCACCAACUCCUCGCCUAACCGAACACUGAUACAACGAUAUUACCCAAUUAAUCGUCUCCUUACAGUCAUAAUAUAGUUUCAUCAGUUCGAUAAUACAUGAAUUGGAUAAAAACCAAGAAAACGCAAUUAAUUCAAAGAAACUCUGAACAAUAUCAUUUCGUAAAAAUUGGGUCAAUCAUGUAUAGGGAAUCCUAUAAUAAUUUAAUCCUAUAGGGCAACAACUAAUAGUCAGGCUAGCCUCUCCAGUGUAAUGUCCUACUACACAAAAUGAAUGCAAAAAUUGAUACAAUGGCGAGGAAAGUUGAUGCAAUAGAGAAAGUCAUUGUAACAUCCCCUAACGCGCAAGGUAAACGUUACUCACUUUAUUAUUUUAAGUAUGUUGGCUUGCAAUUUAUAUUGAAUGCAAUUUAUUUUUUCUUGUCAUUGUUCAUUGAAGGAAGGAGAAUUGAUAUAAUAGGGAAAAUAUAGUAGUUUUUGUAUUAGUGUUACCCCCCAUUAGAUUUAGUUAUUGAGUUUAUUAUUAUUUAUUUAAAAGAUUCAUGGUUUCUGAAUAACUAACACGCAGCCAAAUGUGCAAUCGUCAUAUCAUAUCGACUAAAUAGCUGACCAAAACAAUAUGGCGACCAAAACAAUAUGCCGCCGCCUUAAAAAUAAAGUUUUAGAAAAGAUGAACUUGGACAUUGGUAUAUAAAAAAUACACAGGGACGCCGGUGCGACGGGGGCAUCUGGGGCAGCAGAUUGUACUACUUUUCGAAAAUCGUGCCUUUUUUGCUUUGCCGAAACUUCCCAGGGGUGAAAUUUAUGAUGUACUGUUUAAUAAACGAGCAGGAGUGUUUUAUUGGGUUUAAAGCCACGAGCGCGCAGCGCGAGUGGCUUUAGACCUAAUAAAACACGACCUGCGAGUUUAUUAAACGGCUUCAAACACGACUACAAAUUCAAUAGAUAUAUUGCCUUAUGUUAGUAUUCUUUAUAUAUAUUAUGGCUGACAUGAUUUGCCAAUAAGCUUAUGAAUUAUUAAUGAGUGUUUGAAAUGCUCAUAGUAAACACAGAAAAAAAGUUGGGGUCACCGAACUGGUUUUCAAGAUGUGACAAGUGCAAUAUUGUAACGCCUUUUCCUCGAUAUGUGGCCAUCUUGACCCUUUUACGAGUUACACUGAGGAACAAGCGCAAGUGCUCAACCGUUGUUGAAUUUUGUUGACAAGGAUCCUACUAAAAAUGUCUGUCUAGUGAUUAUAUACAAGAAAACAUGGUAUUUUAUAGCGAGUCAAAAACAAUUAACGUGCAUUGUCGUAGUUUUCCAAUUGGGGAAGUAUGCGCAAAAAAUGAAAAAUAUUAUAAGUUUGAGAAAUAAUUUUUCUUUUAUUUUCUGAAAUGACACGUAAAACGUAUAGAAGAACAAAAACAUAAAAUAAAAAUGUAGGGUCACGGACCUUCUUAAAGUCUAAAGAGAUACAAGGGUUAAACAAUGCAACAUGAUGUGGUUUAGAGUAUUAGUUGCACAGAGAGCCCCAGCCGGAGUUCUGUCAUGGUAUAUUUCCUGAAGCGUGCCUAAUCAACGCAGAGUGUUUUUCUCUUUGCCCUUACUCUUUCUUUGUCACUUUACAUUGCAGUUCGACUACAUAUAUUGGCUAGAAUGUGUUAUAUGCGCAGUAAAAGUACGCAAUACAAACAGAUGAAUCACCUUUUAAUUAUCUUUAGGCAAGCAUUGCGCCGAUCUUUAUAAGAGAGGUUACAGAACCGAUGGUGUUUAUUCAAUUGACCCAGACAGCCGAGGCGCAUUUAAAGUAAGAUGUGACAUGACCACAUCAGGAGGAGGAUGGACCAUCUUUCAAAGACGUGUUGAUGGAAGCGUUGACUUCUUCCGCAAGUGGAGGGAUUACAAAAAUGGUUUUGGCGAUCCUCUGGGCGAAUAUUGGCUUGGUUUGGAUAAGAUCAACCGUCUAACGAACAGCGGUAGAAAUAUGCUUCGAAUUGAUUUGGAGGACACGACUGGGGGCACCAAGUACGCUGAGUACAACGUCUUUUCUGUAGCUUCAGAGAAAGCGAAAUAUAAACUCGGCUUGGGAACGUAUUCAGGUAUGAUUUUCUGCUUGAACUUUGGGUUCAGUCAGUCUAAUUUCACUGCGUUAUAAAAAGACUGUAGACGUUGUUAACAAACUACAGUGUAGACGUACAUUCAUCGCAGCUCAAGCGACAGAAGAGAAAAAGCUCUUUUGUAUAGACUAAUAAUUUAUAUAUAAAAACGAGUAUAUUAAUAGACCUUCCUUUUUAUUAGUGAAAUUUUGAUCUAGAUAUGCCUGGGCAACAAUUUCAUCACAGCUUGAAAGAGCAUCACAAAAUUAGUAAUAUUCCGAAGUUUCGUUGCGAAAUGUUGUAAAAUGCGGAUAAUAUAGCCUUGCGAAGUUUGCCGUUUUUCAGUCAUUUUGCAUUACAAUCUAACAUUUUGCAUCAGUUUGAUCAUCUGAUUAUCAAUUUCCCGUUUGUAAUACCAAAUGACUGAAAAAUGGCAAACUUCGCAAGGCUAUAUUAUCCGCAUUUUACAACAUUUCGCAACGAAACUUCGGAAUAUUACUAAUUUUGUGAUGCUCUUUCCCCUUUUGAGUGAAAUUUUUGUCCAGACUUGUCUAGAUCAAAAUUUCACUCAAAAGGGGAAAGGUCUAUUAAACACGCAGCAAGAACAGGUUCAUCAAUUUCAUUUUUUCACCUUCCAGGCACAGCAGGUGAUGCUAUUAGUGGCCGAGGCAAGCCAUUCACCACACGUGAUGCAGAUAACGAUGACCAUGACAAUAACUGUGCUGUAUCAUACAAAGGCGCAUGGUGGUACAGAUCUUGCCACGGUGCAAAUUUAAAUGGCUUUUACCAUCAUGGAAAACAUAGGUCGUACGCUGAUGGAGUGAAUUGGUAUAAUUGGAAGGGUUAUCACUAUUCUCUCAAGAAAACGGAAAUGAAAACCAGACCAUCUGGCUUUCCUUUGAACAAAUAAUCAGUUUGAUCGAUCGUUUCUUUAUCACGGGAGGCCAUUUUACUAUUAUGAAAUACAAUUAAUUACAAUAAUAUAUGAUCAUGAUGAGACAGACAGUAUAAUAAACUAUCACUUCAGUAAAAUUGCUCACUUGUUUGUAAAAGAAUAAUUCAAUAGGGAAAAAAAUUAUUAUUAGGAAUAAGUUGUAAUUAGUAUUGAUUGUCAUUGAAAAUAAAUUAAUUAGCGGAUAAUUAUAUA